AAUAAUACAUUUUCUAUUUUAUUGAACUAUUAUUUAAUAGGAAUACAUAUGAGAGUCCUUUAUACUGCAUCUGUAUGCAUUGCAGAAACUACUGGGGGUAAAUUGGCUUGUCCCACUGGUGAUGUUUAGAGGUGUACUGAGGGGGUAUCUAUAUAGAAAUAUCUAUUUAUUAUUUUGAAUGCUAGGUGGUGAACAAAAGUAUUUAAUAUAUUGCAUCGGUCAAUAAAAACAAGGAAGGGUAUUAUAAUACAAUUUUGUUUUAACAGUAUAAUGUGUGUCCCUCAGUUUGUCAUUGGUGUUACCGCCUUGAAAAAUCACUGAUUACAAAGAUAUACAAGGACCUUGAGCAUUCCCUCCAGUGGCUUGUAUCUGGGGAGAGGUCUGUAUUAAAUCACAUUAUUAGCUAAUAACAACCUUUUAGUAGGUCAUACAUUCAAGGAUUUAUUGUUAAUUUGGACAUUCAAAAUGUCACUUGGUGUUAGUCAAUUUAAUUGACAGGAAAUAACAUUGUAAGCACUUUUUCAAUGAUUGAUGACCUUAGAUUUGAGAAUCUGUGGUCUCCAUUUCAAAAACUCCUCAUUUACCUAAAAUGUGUCAUUGGUUUAAACAUCAUUAAUGUUAUUACUUUUACUGAUGGCUCACCGUUAUCAUAAUGGUAAAAAGGAUUUAAAGUCAUUAAGCUACCGUAUUAUUUACAAUGGGAAGAUAUACCCACAUCCAUUUAAUCAAUACAAAUCUAGAAAAAUGAUUACAUUUUUUCCCUAAAAUGCUAUGCCCAAAUGCCACCGUAAUUCAAGUACAACCAACUUAUUACUUUGUGGGUAUUUUCUCAGAAACAAGAUUAAACAAGAGUAUUCAACUAACACACAGUCCAACAAUUAAAUCCCCAGCUAUAACAUCUUAUGUUAGGAGGAUGGAUAUUUCAGCAUUCUGAGAAAGUCCCACAGUAAACAGAAGACUAACCCAAAGUGUGUGUCUGGAUGAGGGGGGCCUUGACUUGCCAUAGGCUGACACUAUCACAACACACAAGCUGUCCCUGAAAGAAACAUUCAAGGAUACAGGGGAGGAGAGACACAGUGGAGAGGUAGACAGAGAGAGCAUAGAGCCGGAUGAGAAAAAGAAACAGACAGAAGAAGAGUUAGAAGAAGUAAAGUAGGAGAGAGACGCUGCUAUGAUGGUGAGGUGGAGUGUGUGUCGCAGUUCCCUGGGUCUGCCAGCAUGUGGACUACCCAGUGCCCGCCACAACUCCAGUAUGCCGGUGGUGCGCCAAGCUCUGUCCCCAGACAACAGCAGUACGGUCCAGGCCUUCAGUGAGAUCCCAGGUCUCUGGAGAAACGGACUUGCCAACCUCUACAGUUUCUGGAAACUAGACGGAUUCAGGAACAUCCACAGAGUCAUGGUGCACAACUUCAACACCUUCGGUCCAAUAUACAGGGAGAAGAUAGGCUACUAUAAUAGUGUAAACAUCAUAAAGCCGGAGGAUGCAGCCAUCCUGUUCAAGGCAGAAGGACACUACCCCAAGAGGUUAACAGUGGAGGCAUGGACCUCAUACAGAGACUACAGGAACAGGAAAUAUGGAGUCCUGCUCAAGAAUGGGGAAGACUGGCGUUCCAACAGGGUGGUUCUGAAUAGAGAGGUGAUCUCUCCCAAGGUGUUGGGGAACUUUGUUCCUCUGUUGGAUGAAGUUGGACAGGACUUUGUGGCCCGGGUACAUAAGAAGAUAGAACGGAGUGGACAGGACAAAUGGACCACCGAUCUUUCUCAAGAACUCUUCAAAUACGCUCUGGAAUCGGUGGGUUUGUAUGCUGAUCCGGAUUCGGCGACCCCCUGCCUCCAUAACCCUCACUCCCCCCUGCCAUACUCUCGCCAAACCACAUUGCGCUCAUGGCCGCGAGCGCCCGGGACCAGCCGUCCACGGCAACGCCGCCGGCCCGGCCGGCCCGGCGCGCCUCUCGGCCGCCAGCCCGGACAGGCGCUCGCGGCCCAGGCCGCGCAGGACCUCAGGCUCCACAGGGCCCCACCGGAUCAGGGCCAGGGGACAGGACUCCAGGCGCCAGGCCGGAAGGCAUCCCCCCGCCGCGCCCGCGCGGACAGUGUCCCACGGCCGCACGGCGGGGCAGCGUCUCCUCCCGGCAGGAAUGCCGGAGCCAGAUCAGGGCCAGGGGAAUCAGGGCCAGGGGGAAGGGUCAGGGCCAAGGGGAAGUGUCAGAGGCAUGAGGGAAGGGUCAUGGCCAGGGGAAGGGUCAGGCCAGGGGAGAGAGAGAUAGAGAGAGAGCACAGGAAACACUCUCACGUCCGCACAGGGCGGAACCAACGCGGUCAUCCAGCGCCCCACAAUGGGGAAGGUCAGGGCCAGGCGGGAGAUAAGUACACACCAGGGCCUGGCCGGGCAAGGGUCAGGCUGCCUGGGGAUACGCGUCAGGGCCCAGGUGGGAGGUCACACGCCGGCACCCGGCGGGAAAGGAUCCAGGGCAGGGGGCCGGCAUCAGCCAGGGCGGAGUGCUACCCCCAGCGGCCCACGAAGCGGGAAGGAUCGGGCCAAGGAGGAAACGACGGACGCCAAAAGGUCACUGGAGCCUCCAAGCGCGUCACGCACGACCAACAUAGAGUCAACGGGCCAGGCCCCAGGCGAAGAUCAAGGGCACAGGUGGCGAAGGACUACAGGGCCAGAGGGGAAAGGAUCAUGCGCCAGGGCACAAGCGCCCUUGCAGGGCCAGACCACCCGCGGAGAACAGAAAAUCAGGGCCAACGCGAGCAAGGACCCUCAGGAGCCCAGGACCAGGGAUGCAGGGCACCACCAGCCGGCGGAACAGGAUCAGGGCGCAGGACGGCGACAAGGAGGUCAUGGCCAGGGGGCAGGCGUCAGGGGAGGCGCCUUAAGGCCAGCCCACCGGGACCAAGGCAUCAGGUGCCAAGGGGACAGCGCCUCAAUCAGGACACCAUAGGGGACAGGAUCCCACAACUAGCAGUAGCCCAAGAGGGCGAAGGCCCUCAAGAGCAGGAACACGAGCACGGGCCAGGAUCAGCGGACCGCUGCAUCCAGAACAUCUACAGGACGAUGCGUCAGGACACCAACACCCACAGGAAGUAUCCAGGAGUCCUGGCCAGCCUUCUGAUGUUAGACAAGCUGUCUAUAGAGGACAUCAAGGCCAGCGUCACCGAACUGAUGGCUGGAGGGGUAGACACGACGUCUAUCACCCUGCUGUGGACUCUAUAUGAGCUGGCCAGACAUCCUGACCUCCAGGAAGAGUUGAGGGCUGAGGUGGCUGUAGCCAGACAGUCUACCCAGGGAGACAUGCUACAGAUGCUGAAGAUGAUACCGCUGGUCAAAGGAGCGCUGAAAGAAACGCUGAGGCUUCAUCCGGUUGCAGUCAGCUUACAGAGAUACAUUACAGAGGAUAUCGUCAUUCAGAACUAUCACAUACCUUGUGGGACUCUGGUCCAGUUGGGUCUCUAUGCGAUGGGUAGAGACCCAGAUGUGUUCCCCAGACCUGAGAAGUACCUCCCGUCCCGCUGGCUGCGGGCAGAGAACCAGUACUUCAGGAGCUUGGGCUUCGGGUUUGGACCCAGACAGUGUCUCGGACGGCGCAUUGCUGAGACGGAAAUGCAGAUCUUCCUUAUACAUAUGCUGGAGAACUUCAGAGUAGAUAAACAAGCGUCAGGUGGAGGUCACAGUACUUUGUAG